GAAUUAUUCUUUAAUUUCUCAGAAAUAAUCACUUUAAGUUGUAAAUAAAUAAAUAUUAAGUAUAAAUUGGUAUAUUAUUGUUGUGAUACUACAUCAAUAGCCACACUUGACUUCAUAUUUUUAAACAUAUAACAUAAGCAUAAAAUGGCUUCUAAAGCUUCUUUUGUCUCCGUAUUGAUGUUGUUGGUUGCUGUAGCCAAUGCUUAUGAUGUAACAAAUUGUCCUUCAAAUACCGGUCGCCAGAGAAAUCUUGUUUACGACAAUCUUUUAUCGGGAGUGUCUAUCAAUGUUCGUAUGCCACCGGCAGGAUAUUUUAAUAGACCCAUAACGUGCCUUCAACUAAUUGAUCGACAGGGAACCUCUGUUUCUCCAAAGAUAGUGGAAGGCGGAUAUCUCGAUACAUACAUGGUAGUCAAUAUUACAUCAUUAAAUGGUCAAGUACUUUAUUACCAGGCACAAAUAUAUAUUGAUUAAUUAAAUUUCUUUAAUUGAAUUAUAUCGUUAUUAUAUAUGUAUGUCUUAGUUUUAAAACUUAGUUUCUAUAAAAUAAAAUCAUAUCCUUCAGGAUAACCAAAA